AUGACUUUGAAUCCUUACAAUUCUACACCAAGAACUUCAUCAACUCCAGAAGGGAGUAAUAUUACAGUAGAAGGUGAAUUUGACCGGCAGGCUGGUUAUUCGUUUAACAGACAUAAUAGGAACGAAAGUGAAAUUACGGUUGAAAGUUCAGCAUUUUCAUCAGAUAGUGAAACAGAAGAGAAUCAUAAAAGGCUGAAAAGAAAAAAAAAGGUAGUCAGUGAGACGAACAACCCCCCUCCCAAUAGAAAACCAUUUAAGAUGUGGUUGAUAAAGUUAUUUUCGUAUCUCCCGUGGAGUAAAAAAACUAAAAAGUCAAAGGAUCCAUCGUCUUCGUUACCAACGCAUAUGGUGGUGCAGAAAGAGAAAGAAAAAAGGAGUUGCUGUUCGAUCUUUUUAUGGAUAAUGAUAAUAAUGUUAUUAUCAUCAAUAAUGGCCAAUUUAAUAGCUUUAGAUAUCAUGUAUGCUCGCAUACCAUUGCAAAACGAAACAACGGUGGUACAAGAAGACAACACUUCAGCAGUGGUAUGCUCGACCCUUCUUGGAUCUCCAGGGGAACUUCUUAAGUUGUUCCCUUGCGACCAAUGUUUGAACAGCGGCAUGCAAUUUUACAACGCUCUCAAUUGGAUGAAAGAUAGCAACUAUUGUGGAUGGGGUGGUGUCAAAUGUGACGAUUCAAAAAAUAUUAUUGAGUUAAAGUUAACGUUCCCAUUCGUUGCAAGAGCGAUUACUUCUGUAAUAGGCGAAUUAAAUACAUUGAAGAAGUUAACGAUAACUGGCGAUGGUAAAGUUCCAAACGGCGCUUUACUCGCAAAUUAUUUUAAAUUGGAAAACUUAGAAGAGAUGAGCUUAAUUUCUACUGGGUUCACUGGACCCAUUCCAAAUAAUUUGGGUAAAAUGACUUCGUUAAGAAGUUUAAAAAUCGUUAAUAAUACCCAAUUGGGCGGCCCAAUUCCCAGUGAAAUAUCUUUGAAGUCCUUAAAGGAAUUGGAUUUAAGUAAUAAUCAGUUGUCUGGAGCCAUUCCUGAAUCACUUGGCACCUUGGACCUAAAUAAUUUAUCUUUAAGUGGUAAUUCCUUGACCGGCGAUGUUCCGAAUAAUAUUUGUCAGAAAAGUUAUGCGAGUUGCAACUUGUCUAACAAUCAAUUAAUUGCCACAAACUGCGGAGAAUGUUCUUUUGCGUAA